UCCAAAUCAUAUAGUCUCGGAGCUUGGCCGAUACGACGUUUUCGUUCAUGUUUGGAAAGCCGAUACCAAAGUAACGAGCAAACUUUGCGUCGGCGUAGACGGCCUGGGCACUGACCCUCAGGUUUCGAUCCCUGUCCCAAGCAAGUCUAUACUAUCUCUCCGGUACUGUUCAACCUCUCAGAUCCGGUAUAUUUAACUCUAGUCUUGCAUUUCCUUAUAUCUACUAGGUGAUCUCUAAAUCAAGGCCUAGGAUUUCAAAAAACCUAGAACUUAUUUCUGUUGAGAGCUCUAAGUCUUGAGAUUCACUUGAUUGGAAUCCUGAUCUCGGGAUUGUGAUUUUUGGGAGUGGGAAUUGUAUUUUUCUAUUUUUUGGGUGGGUUAUCAAUUUUGUUGCUUGGAAUUUUUGGAGUUGGAUUUAAUUGGAUUUGUUGAACCGGAAUUACCGAUUUUGAGAUUCAUUUUCUUGGGAAUUGGGAUUGUGAAUUUUGGUGUUGGGAAGUUUUGGGAUUCAGUUCUGGCGAUUUUGGUCGACUCAGUUUGUUGGUUUUGAAGUUCAUAUUUGAUAAUGGAUGGUAAUAAGGAUGAAGCGUUAAGAUGUGUUCGCAUUGCGGAAGAAGCAAUUGCCUCCGGUAAUAAAGAGCGUGCCUUGAAAUUUAUUAAAAUUGCCCAACGCCUAGACCAUAAUUUGCAAGCCGAUGAACUUGUGGCUGCAUGUGAGAAACUUGAUUCGAAGUCUUCUGUUUCUUCAAUCAACGGAGAAUUUGUCAGUGGGAGUAAGAAUGAACCUGGUCCAUUAAAGUCUGGUGGUGGAUUAAAUGGAGAGCGUAAUUGCACUGAAGAACACGUCAAAUUGGUCAGGCAGAUUAAGAGGAAUAAGGAUUAUUACGACAUUCUUGGAGUUGAAAAGAAUUGUUCAGUUGAGGAAAUAAGGAGGGCAUAUAGAAAAUUGUCGCUGAAAGUUCAUCCUGAUAAGAAUAAAGCUCCAGGUUCAGAAGAGGCAUUUAAGAAAGUAAGCAAGGCCUUCAAGUGUUUAAGUGAUGAUGAUUCCAGGAGACAGUAUGAUCAAACAGGUUUGGUGGAGGAAUUUGAGCACAACCAACAGCACAAUGUUAGGCGGAGGAGGAGGAGAACAGGGAAUGACAUAUUUGAUGAUGAUAUUGAUGCUGAUGAGAUAUUCAGGGCCUUUUUUGGUCAAGGAGACAUGUUUCGAGCAAGCCGUGUUUAUAGGACCAGGGGGAUGAACAAUCAUCAGAGGGAGGAUGUUCAUAGAGGACCUAGUUUUAUAGUACUUCUUCAAUUAUUACCGUUUCUGAUAAUUUUCUUGCUGGCUUAUCUGCCCUUCUCAGAGCCCGACUAUUCUUUGCAUAAGAAUCACUCCUACCAAAUUCCUAAGAUGACUGAGAAUUAUGGAGUGGAGUUUUAUGUUAAAUCAUCGGUGUUUGAAAAGAAUUAUCCUCUUGGAAGUCAGGUUCGAGCCAACAUCGAGGACAAUGUGAUCAAGGAUUACAAAAAUAUGCUUUGGCGCUACUGUCACAUAGAGCUCCAGAGGCGUCAAUGGAAUAAGAAUCUGCCAACUCCUCACUGCGAUAAGCUGCAUAACUUAGGAUUUACAUGAAGCUUAUCAGGGUAUAUGCCUAGAAUAUGAGAGAUCUUCUAUAAUAGUAUGAUGAAUAAUAGCUGGUGGAUGAGGUUAAGUUUGGGAUUGAGUUCAGCGGACGUGACUGAGAUUUCCCUCUUCAUUUCAAAACAGACUGUCGAUGGCCUGGUUUGCAAUUUGCAUGGUGGUCUGUGAUUGAUGGGAUCUUCAACAUCCCUAAGCCUGCAGUGAAACUCUGCUUUUUGGGUAGUAUGAUGCGGUUGUAUAAUGUGAGAAUUGCAGAUUCUUAGCAGCCUGGGAAAAGAUCUAAAGAAUGAUGGAAGUUGAAAAUUUGUUUUAAUGUUGGCAAGUUUCUUCUUGUAUUUCCCAGCCCCUCAUGGUAUCAAAUAUUUUUUGUUGGAGGGUAAUGAUAUUCAUCUUAUUAACCAUUAUAGCGUCAAAUGAUUGAAAGAUUAUUUAAUCUUUUUUAUUUA